UUUGUUUCGAACACUUGGAACGAUGGCUUGAAUUUUUAAUCAUUUCGUUUUUUAAGUUAUUGAAUUCAAGAGUGAAUUUUGUAUACGUAUUACUGUACAUUUAGGUACAAGCGGAAAACCUUUCGUGGAGUUUCACACAUACGUGGUCCGUUUAUCAGGACAGGUGGACAUUGGUGACAGUGUUUAAAGAGUGACGGGAGACCAAACAUGUCAAUUGUGUGGAUUUUCGGGAGCUGGGCGAGCUGGAAUAAACUCAAAGGCAACGAUGAUGAUGAUUGGAUUGAUCGUAUGAACCAUCUGUACACGGUAGUUUUACUGUGUAUCUUCGCAGUGUUCACGGGUGGUGGUCAGUAUGUGGGGGACCCCAUCCAGUGUUGGUGUCCCGCACAAUUUACGGGGUCGUAUGUCUCGUAUACGAAAUCCUAUUGUUGGAUUAAAAAUACUUACUAUAUACCGAUGGAUGAUAGUAUCCCGGUAGAGCACGAUGCUCGUGAUAAGGAAGAGCUCACCUACUAUCAGUGGGUGCCCAUCAUUUUAGUAUUCAUGGCGUUCAUGUUCAAGUUUCCUUGCCUUGUUUGGAGGAUGUUGAAUGGAUAUAGCGGAAUUAACGUCCAGCGAAUUGUCAACAUGGCCGCCGAUACCCAGACUAGCGAGCCGAAGAAACGAGACGAGACCGUAAAACAUAUAGCUGUUUACAUCGACAGAUGGCUGGACACUCAUAGGCAGUACCAGUACAACCUCAUGGUGCGCAUGCGCCAAAAGGCUUCAAAGUUUUGUUGCUUGCUGUGCAACAAGAGAGAUGGAACCUUUCUGAUUGGCCUUUACAUGUUCGUCAAAAUUCUCUAUUGCGUAAACAUUAUAUGUCAAUUCUUCAUUCUAAAUGGAUUCAUGGGGCAUGACUUCUACUCGGCGUACGGACUGGAGGUUCUUGGAGAUCUCGCCGGCGGUGGACAAAUUCGUGAAUCAGCGAGAUUUCCCCGCGUGACAUUGUGUGAUUUUGACAUCCGCCAGUUGCAGAAUCUUCAGCGGUGGACUGUGCAAUGCGUCCUGCCCAUCAAUCUCUUCAACGAGAAGAUCUUUAUCUUCCUCUGGUUCUGGUUCGUGUUCGUAGCCGUCCUCACAUUGGGAAAUUUCUGUUUCUGGGUUUGGCGAACAGUCGUCAAGCAGAAUAGAGUAGCUUACAUCAAGAAAUUCUUGAAGGUAAAGGAUCAAUUACAUGGAAAUGACGACAAGAAAAUAUGCAAGUCUUUCGCCGAUGACUACCUCCGUGACGAUGGGCUGUUCGUUCUGCGCCUAGUAGCCAGGAAUUCCAACGCCAUUCUACUCACAGAUUUAGUCAUGAAUUUAUGGGGAAUUUACCGCGAGAAAGACUCCGUAAAAAAGAUGGCUGAAGACUACGAACCCAAUGCAUGAUGUGGAAAUUAUUUGAGGAAGCACAAAUGAGAGAUAAUCUACUCAAUUACUGCCGUCAUGACAUUUCGCGCCGUAUUUCAAUGGUGCUCACCUGGCAUGCGCAUUGCCAUGCGCGAUAGCUAUACAAAUUGGCGGAACAAAACGAUUUAACAUUUCCAGAGAUAAAAAACAUAAAACCCAACAUUCCAAAAUGAGCUUAUGACAAGAAAAUGGUGGCACCGACCCGCUCAGAUUGGAUGACAUUUCAUAUUGCGUAAGGUCCAUGUUGUGGCACCUACUUUGACACAGCUGUGUCACGUGACGCUGGUGCUAGGUUUGCGCGUGUGAAAACUUUUGUAUACGAGCUAGCUGUGUUACUUGAAGUGAGGGACAAAGACUUGUUUUUAGGAUGUUAGCAUAUCGAACAAAAGCCCAGGACUCUUGCUUCUAGUCAUGUGUCCAAUAUACGGUGUGUGCAAAGCGUUUCUUACACAUGUUCCCUUUUCAUCAGGUUCUUGAAAACGCUUAAAGAUAUUUAAUAUAAAAAAAUCAUUAAUGAAUAAAAUAAGUGAAAUUUAUUCUUUUCUAAGGAUAUGACAUUUUAGUGUGAUCUUUGUGAAAAUUUUCCAUAGUAACUGGGUAUUUUUUAAGCUUACUUGAAACAAAUGGAUUAGUUUUAAUCUGAUUUGAAACGUUUUAGUCAUAGAACCUGAAGGAUGAACAUGUAAAUGAAUCGGGGAUAUAUGUAAAAAAACGCAAGCACGACUCCUAUAUCGUGUUCAUUUUACGUUGACCCUUGUGGAUCUUUUUCUUCUUGUGCAUUUCUGGUAACUAAAAAUGAGUGAUAUUUUGAAGUUUAUCGGAAUGGAAAGUAUCUUGCCAAGUUUGCGUGUAUAUUCCUUUAGAUUUUAUGGUAGUUCGUAAUGAAUGGAUACAUUAGUGUGUUUAGGUCUAUAAAUUUGAAAAAUGGAGAGAAAAGGUUUUGACGUAAAAGGCGUGUGCCCACACAGUGGAGUGUUCUAUCGACAAAUAUUCAUGUAAUAGAAUGGUUCUCACUAGAUAUACGCAAUUCUCAGUUUUUUUUUCUAACAUUCACCUUUGACAUCUAAGGAUCGAGUUUCUGUUAAAAAAAUCUCUCCAUAUCAUAAAGAGUUGUAAAAAUCAUGAACCUUAUAAAAGGUCUAUAGUUGAUUGUUUUGUCGAGUGAAGCCUUCAUGAAAGAUCAGAUUUUUGUAAGAAUUUUUAUUUGUGUUUGAUGUUUCGCAGAUUUGAAUUUCCGCUUGUAGCACAUCGUCAUGUGCCCAUGAAAUCUUUCCAGAGUUUUCAUUGAGACUAAAAGUCGUCAUAAUUUCAUUAUUUUAUUAAGUAAACUUGCCAGUUUUCAUUCCAAUUCUCGUUGAGGCAUCUGCCUUAAUCUAGUCUUUGAGAAGGCAUUUUUUUGUGAUUGAUGGUGAUAUUUUCGUCAGCACUACCAACGAAAAUAAAAAAUGGUUUAGAUAAUGGUCCAGAAAGCUCAACGAAACUACAAAGAAAUCUAUUUUACGUCAUUGUGUGUGUUUUUUCUCUACCAACAUUACUUUUUGAUUUUUCUAAAUUGUUGAAAAAUUUAAACAAAAAUAUCUGCACUUUUUUUGUUGGGUAUUAGUAUAAAGAAGGAAAGUUUGUAAUUUUUUUUCGUUGACUUGUGGUCUUCCAUUUAGACAAGAGUGAUCUCACAGUACUUUCCUUGGUUGUUGUUUAAAUACAUGUCAAAUAUUGUUACCUAUGUUUAUGUAUGCUACCCACCAGUUUAAAAAUAAACCAUCAUAUAUUUGCUGAAAUAGUUAAAUAUGAAAGAGAUGUACAUAAAUUAACGAACAAUUUAUAUAUAUAUUUUUAAAAAUUCUAUGCAGUUUGUGAUGAUUUCUGAUUCUAUGUCUUCCGAAUCCCAUAUCCGACACCGGAAAAAAAUCAUGUACAGUGUAAAUACAUUUUGACUGAAUCGCCUUCCAUUAUGUAUUCUAAGCGUUUGGAUCAGAUAAGGUCAUUAUUAUUAUUAUUAUCAUCAUAUUUCAUUUUCAUCAUACAGUCACAGAAAACUGAUGAAGGAUAAUAAUAUUUAAUUCUUCCAUGUUUUAUUUUAGAUUGAUUUCAUAAUUAGCAUGAUAACCAGUUUACCGUUUUGUUGUGAAGUGAAUCCUUUUGAAAUGAAUCGACCGUUUAAAGGAAGGCUCUCAUUUACGGCAUUUUACCGAUAGCGAUUUAUAUAUUAUCGUUGGUCAGUACAUAGUUGUCGCACGGUUUACCGGCUGUCUUUCUGUCAGAUUGGAGAGAAAGUGAGAACGAAAGAAGGACUAUUAGGGAAUUGCUAGAGCUUGGUAUUUUAUACACAAUGAAGUUUCUGUCAGUUAUACUCAAUAUAACAUUGUACCAUUCCUAUCAGGGAAAGGGAGAAUCUAUUACGCUAACUGGCGGGUUUUCAACAGCGAACAUUCCUUAUAUGGUUAUAUCCUAGUUAAUGAGUUUUAAAGUGGCAUUAUAUAUACAUGUAUAUAUACAUACAGUAGCUUUUUAUUUUGAAAAUAUCGAGCAUUUUGUACUUCAGCGUACAGUUAUUAUAUUUUAGCUCAAAAUUAAACUUUUACUAGAAUUCUGCAUUUGUUGGAAACAAUACACCACCGAUAAAACACGUCAUUUGUUGCCUUCUGGACGUGUUUGGCAUGUUUAAUUAUGUGUCUUGUGAAAGUUCUUCGUAAAAUAAGAUUCGAUGUCAAACCUUCCUGUCUUGUCAGUAUGUUGGGUAAUGGUUUGUGCCUUUGUAGUGUUAGAAAUUUCACAAGUUUGAAAUAUUGAAAACAGCGCUUCCAUAUAUUUAGAUUGUUAAUAAGGAAAGCAUUUUAUAAGGAAUGAGAAAGAGUGUGGAUGGAUGUUUCAACGCCGAUCUUUCAUACAAACAUACAAUGUUUAUUUUAAAUGAUAAAUUUCCAAUGAUAUUAUGGUACAUGUGAUAGGUAAAAUCUGCUGAUAGAUAUUCGUGAUAUUUAUAUCUUACUGUAUAUUUGAUUUAAAAACUUUUUACAAAAUCGAAGUAAGAUGUUUCAUUUUCAUAAAAGUUUAAAUAUUUUUUAGUAUUUUUUACACGAAAUUUCUCCUGAUCUGAACAUCGAAAUCACCCUAUGUGCCUGAUUGAUAUAAUCAUUUAAAGGAAUAGUUUAAAAUUGUUGUUUUGCCAGUAUGUUAAAUGUUUCUGUUUAAAGAUUGCGUAAAUUUUUCAACUAUAAAUUUUGAAGUUAAUAAAAAUGAACUAGAUGAUAAAAAAUCAAUUGAAUUUUUGCUGGGAACUUUAAAUUUUAAAAAUUAUAAUACGCCGGAAACAUCGAUCCGGGCCUCGGGACGUUUCAUGUUUAGAUGAGGUCUGCUAUGACCUGUAAAUAGCGUAAACACUUACAUGACAACUGUACAUUCAGAGGAAAAUAGUGGUAGAAAAUUGCAUGUGUUUAGAAUUUUAAAAAUUGAUUUUCAAGAGUAAUUGACGAUGACUGCAAUAUGUAUAAAGGUUACAUGUUUAUUUUGAAAUUAAUAAACAAAUAUAUUUAAAUAUU